AUGUCCUCCUCCGUUCUGAAUCUCCCUGAGUUUCCUAUCUCCUUUCCUACCCCCCAAGGGCAAGGUAGCGAUACCUUUCAUCCUCCGCCAGUCGAUGGAACGCGAUCGCUACCUGAGCUUUACGAGUACAACGCUAAGCACAGCCCCGACCACCCCCUCUUCGCUUUUGCGGACGACUCUAGUGCUACGAGGACGAUCAAAUACCCCGAAGCAUGGCGUAUGAUACAGCGUGCGGCCAAGAUAGUUCAUGGAUAUGUGGCGAAGCACCAGAAACAUUUUCUCUUCGGUGUGUACGGCACACCUGACGAUCUUUUAUUGCUCUAUUUUUUAGAUUAUAUUAGCUAUCUAUCAACAAUUCUGGCCACAAUGCGUCUUGGACUGACUCCGUUCCCCCUCUCGAUCCGCAACUCACCUAUCGCUGUUGCCCACUUGAUAAAGAAGACGAACAUCCUUCAGCUCUUCGUUUCCCCCGACCCUGCUAUGCAGAGGCUCUGCAGAGAGGCGCUCGAAAUCCUGAAGCAGGACGGCAUCGACGUUGAGGUCAUACCCAUGAUUCAAUUCGAGGUGAUCUCGGACGAGAGUGCACAGGCGGCAGAGCUCGACAAGGCGAACGUAACGCUGCCCAAGAUCGAUUUGAACACCACGGCGCUGAUUUUGCAUAGCUCCGGCACAACCUCUUUCCCCAAGCCGAUUUCCAUCGCCCAUCGCAAGCUUUUGCAAUGGUCUCUCCUCCCAUGCAAGUUCUAUGGCGACGUCGAUGUUUGUGGUAUCUUGCUGGCUGUCCACACAUGUCCCUUAUUUCACGCUAUGGGCGUGUGUAGUGUCCUAUUCAGCGUCGUUCCCGGUAUGAUCUUGGCUUGCUUCAAGCCAUCAUCCCCACCCAUCAUUCCUACUCCGGAUGUCUUUCUAUCCAAUGUCAUUCAAACGAAGAGCGAGAUUGUGUUCUGCGUGCCGUCUUUUAUUGAGGCUUGGGCCAAAGAUCCCGCUAAGAUUUCCUCCAUCAAGUCUCUGCGGUCCAUCACUUUUGCUGGCGCUCCUAUGACACAAUCUGUCGGGGACCAGAUUACAAAGAUGGGCAUUAAGCUGUACCCUUUCUAUGGCCUUACGGAGACCUAUCUUGUCUCUCGACUCUUCCCGUCUGAUAUGCCCAGUCUCGAUACCUGGGAAUGCUUUGAGUUUGCGCCACAUGUCGAGUAUGAACUUUUACCUCAGGAGGGGAGGGAAGAUAUGUUCGAAGUUUGCAUUAUAGAUACAAAAGACCACCCGACGAGCGCCGUCAACGCCACCUCGAAAGAUGGGAGACCAAUGUACAGAACUUCCGAUAUCAUCCAGAGACACCCUGUGUACCCUAAUAAGUGGCGGGUUCACGGUCGAGCCGAUGACCAGAUCAUGUUGGCGACUGGCGAGAAGACCAACCCUGGACCAUUGGAGGCGAUCCUGGUCCAAGAUCCACAUGUCUCGCAUGCGAUCAUGUUUGGCAGGGGGCAAAUUCAGAACGGCAUUCUAGUUGAUCCCAAGAAGGAGUUUGCAUUUGAUCCGAGCGACGAAGCUAAACUCAUCGAAUUCCGGAACAUAAUAUGGCCAACGGUAGAGAAGAUGGACGAGUUUGCCCCGGCGCAUUCGAGACUUUUCAAGGAGAUGAUCGUCGUCUCAUCGCCGUCGAAGCCGUUCGAGCUAACUUCAAAGGGUACACCUCGAAGGCACAUCAUCAUCAAGAACUAUGAACCGGAGAUUCAGGCUCUGUACGAUGCAGUCAAAGACUCCUCUCAGACCGAUAUACCAGCGCCCCCAGAAUGGGACAGGCGGUCGGUGCAGAACUUCACCAGGGAGGUUGUGCAGAAAGUUAUGGACAUGGACCUUCCGGACGAUGCCGACUUCUUCCAGCAAGGAUGCGAUAGUCUCCAAGCCACUUACAUCCGUAACUCCAUCAUCCAUGCCAUCCGCCAGGCUCCAAACUCGGAGCGUAUUCGUCUAUCCAACAACUUCGUUUAUGAAAACCCCACAAUCUCCUCUCUGGCCUCCUCCAUCUGCUCUCUCAUCUCUUCUGACGGCCAAGGCAACGGCGACAAGCGCGAGCGCGACGCCAAAGUCAUGGAGGCCAUGGUGGAAAAAUUUAGCGUCGAUUUCCCUAUGCAUACGCCCCGCGGUGCUCCCGCCGCUCGGAGUCUGGACGAGAUCGUUUUCGUGUCUGGGACAUCUGGACGUCUGGGUGCGCACUUAUUGGCGCAGGUGCUGGCCAGGCCAAGCGUGAAGAGAGUUUAUGCGGUGAAUCGGCCGUCGAAGGUGAACAUGAAGGAAAGACAGAGGGAGACAUUUGAGAGUUGGGAACUGGAUACGGGGUUGCUGGAGAGUGGAAGAGUCGUCUUGGUCGAGGCAGAUUUUGCGAAAGCCGGUCUUGGGAUUGGGGAGGCCUUGUACAACGAGAUUCGCGACUCCGUGACGAGUAUCAUUCACAAUGCUUGGCGUGUCGAUUUCAAUCUCGCUGUAUCCUCCUUUGAGCCCUUAGUAGCAGGCAUGCGUAACUUGAUCGACCUUUCGCUUGCGUCUCCUCGCCCUUCCCCCCCUCCCAUUCUCUUCACCAGUUCCAUCUCCGUCAUCAUGAGUCAUACAAUCUAUCCGGUCCCCGAGGAACCCAUCACCGAUACCAAGAUCGCCGCUAUGUCAGGCUAUAGUGAGAGCAAGUGGGUCAGCGAAACGCUCCUUUUACGUGUACGCGAGCAAAGGGGAUUGUGUACGAACGUCGUUCGUGUCGGGCAGAUGAGUGGGGACUUGAAGACUGGGGGAUGGAACAAGCAAGAAUGGGUUCCUGUACUGCUCAGAGGGUCUCAAGUACUCGGAGCUGUUCCUCAACGCGAUGUCUCCUUUAUUCCCGUCGAUAUCGCUGCGUCCACUCUACUUGAUAUGCUCGGCUCGUCUGAACCCGUCCUUCACCUCGUCCACCCUUACACCGUCCCUUGGACUGUCAUCUCUGAGACAGCCUCGAGGGUACUCAACAUCCCCAUCAUUCGCUAUAAGGAAUGGCUCUCCCGCCUACAAGAUGCAGUCCGAAACUCCUCGAACGACUCGGACGCGCCGAAGCACAACCCUGCGCUGAAGUUAAUCGAUUUCUACGAGAAAGAUAUGCCAGAGGUGAGCCCGUUGGUGAUUGGGACGGAUAAGGCGGUGAAGGUGUCGAGGAGUCUCAGAGAGGCGAAGAAGAUGGAUAGUGAGGAAGUCGAGAGGUGGAUCGGUUAUUGGAAGAAAGUGGGCUUGUUGCAGUGA